ACUGCUUCCUACAGAAGAUGUGUGGUAUAGCGUCGACGUGGUGUUAUAACGUAAGGACAUGUGCUGUGUUCCUCUUACUGGGCAGUUGCUGCUUAACUUAUGGCAAAGUUUUGAAGAAACAUGGAGGAAUUCCAAUUGGCGAACAAAUGACGCCUCCGAUAGCGUCAUUACCGCAAGGAACAAUCCGAGGUGUGAACAUGGUCAGUUACCGUAACAACACGUUCUUUGCUUUCAAGGGAAUCCCGUACGCAAAGCCACCGGUUGGAAAUCUCAGGUUCAAAGAUCCUGUACCACCUGUUAUUUGGAAUGGAUCUAUAGAUGCAAGCCGUGAUCCUGAACCCUGCGUUCAAUUUGAUCCCCGAAUCCAUAAAGAGGCAAUUGGAAAUGAAGACUGUCUCUUUCUUAACAUCUACACGCCCCGGCUUCCUGUUGGAAAUAACAUCAAGCAUUUGCCGGUGAUGGUGUUCAUAUUUGGCGGAAGAUUUGAAGUAGGAAACAUUAAUUCUACACGAUGCGAUCCACGUUUCAUUCUCGACAGAGACGUGGUCCUCGUGCUUCCGAGCUAUCGCCUGGGAGUGCUAGGAUUCCUCAGUACAGGCGACGAAGUAUUACCAGGAAACCACGGUCUGAAAGACGUGGUUCAGGCUCUUAAAUGGAUUCAGGAGAAUGUCCAGUAUUUUGGGGGUGAUCCCAACCAAGUGACUCUCGUUGGGUCAAGUUCAGGUUCAAUUAUGGUUCAUCUGCUGACUUUGUCAGACUUGACUGACGGUCUUUUCCAUAGAUACAUAACGCAAAGUGGAACAGCGUUUUCGUCCUGUGCCGUGGUACCUAGAAGCGUAUCAUCGAAUCGAGCUAAUCGGCUUGGUCAGUAUUUUAACUGCCCGACGAAUUCAUCGAAUAUUCUUGUCAAUUGCUUAAAGGGUCUCAGUGCAUCUCAGCUCGUCAAAAAGACCUCAAUGUUUCGCGAGUGGGGCCAAUAUCCUGAUAUCGUAUGGAACCCAACUAUCGAACCAGAUAUAGACGGAGCCGUACUGACGGAUAGUCCUGCGAACCUGUUCACUGCUGGGAAAAUUCGCGAUUUGCCUUGGAUCGCUCUUGUCGCUCGAGAUGAGGGACUUCAUUCCACUGUACCAUACUACAGAAAGCCAGACAUUCUCCAGCAUUUUUUGGAUAACAUCGAUUCCGCCCUACCUGUAAUCGUACAGUAUAAAUACUUGGUUGAAAAUGUGACAGCCUUCACAAAGACCCUGAAAUCAUACUACUUGAACGACCUUACUGUACAUAGAAGUUUGAUAGUAACGAACAUUACUCAACUCAUAGGUGAUGCCAUAUUUACAUAUCCAACGUACAGAGCGAUGAAAGAACAUUUAAUUAAAGCUAAGAAUUUCCAGUAUUUCUGUUCAUUCGAAUACCGCGGUAGGUUUAGUUUCAGUUAUAACGGUGGUCCUCCCGUAAACUACGGAGUUUCACAUGCUGACGAUCUGCUGUAUCUUCUUCCUGGACCAAAGAGCGGCUUUGGACCUGCAGAUUGGGAAUACAGCGAUUCUGAUUGGAAAAUGGUGGACACGAUGGUUCAGUUGUGGACAUCCUUCGCGACUACUGGAGUACCGAUGACGUUAGAUUCGGAUGACUCGACGCUUUGGUCUCCCUUUUCGUCUCGUGAUAAUUAUCUUCGCAUCGGUAACGGAUCUGACGUAGAACUUAAAGUCCAGUACGGUUUCCACAAAGAACGAAUGCAGUUUUGGGACGAAUUGACCGCGGCUACGACAUGGAAAUAGCUAUUGGAUAAUUCGUUUAAAC